AUGUUUAUAAAAUCUGAAUUAUGCAAUAAAUCGGUUGGGUGUGUCGCAAAUUUUUUAAUUCAUAAACAAAUAUUCAUCAUGAGUGGCCAACAGUAUUACCCGUACAAGUGUACCCCCACGGUGUAUCCUGCGGAGCCUUUCGACCCUGCUGCGGAUGCCGAGACCCUCCGCAAGGCAAUGAAGGGCUUCGGUACCGAUGAAAAAGCCAUCAUCGAUGUCCUGUGCCGACGCGGCAUAGUGCAAAGACUGGAAAUCGCGGAAACUUUCAAAACCAACUACGGAAAAGACCUCAUAAGCGAGCUGAAAAGCGAACUGGGCGGAAACUUGGAGAACGUAAUCGUUGCGCUAAUGACCCCCCUCCCCCACUACUACGCUAAGGAACUCCACGACGCUGUCUCCGGAAUGGGUACCGACGAGGAGGCGAUCAUUGAGAUUCUCUGCACACUGUCCAACUACGGCAUCCGUACUAUUUCAGCAUUCUACGAGCAAUUGUAUGGCAAAAGCCUAGAAUCAGACUUAAAAGGUGACACCUCGGGGCACUUCAAGCGUCUAUGCGUGUCACUGUGCAUGGCUAACCGUGACGAAAACCAGGGCGUUGACGAGGCCGCGGCGAAGGCCGACGCCGAGGCAUUGGCGAACGCCGGGGAGGGUCAGUGGGGCACUGACGAGUCCGUAUUCAACUCCAUCCUUAUCACACGCUCAUACCAGCAAUUAAGACAGAUCUUCGCCGAGUACGAGGCGUUGACCGGAAAAGAUGUUGAGGAGACAAUCAAGAAGGAAUUCUCUGGAAGCAUCGAAAAGGGCAUGCUAGCUAUCGUUAAAUGCGUUAAGAGCAAGGUUGGCUUCUUCGCUGAACGCCUCUACUAUUCAAUGAAGGGACUGGGAACCAACGACAAGACUUUGAUCAGAAUCAUCGUCAGCCGUUCCGAAAUCGACCUUGGAGACAUCAAGCAAGCGUUCCUUGAUAAAUAUGGAAAGACUCUCGAGAGUUGGAUUGCUGAUGACACGAAAGGAGACUACAAACGCGUGUUACUCACUCUCGUUUCCUAA